CGGCUCGGGGAUUAGAACCAGCGACCUUUUGGUUACUGGCACAACGCUCUUACCCACUAAGCUACCUGCCGCCUUAGGAGCUAAGGGCUUAAAGGUCUAAUGCAGCCAUUUUUAUCUCAAUAUCAAAUCAUUUCUGAUUAACAAUUAAGUCCAUUACUGUGAUCUUUUAAAAUUAAAAUGGUCAAAAAUAAAGAAAAAUAGCUUCUUAACAAGAAUAUAGCUAGGACUCUUUGGGAGUGGUCUGAGUGAGGAGGGGAAAACUGAAAACUAUAGCUGUUAUUGGAAGAGAGGUAGAGGUAGUGUGCACUACAGACAGCUAUAUCGGUCCGUUAAUACAGGACUAGUAAAACAUUAUUUUUUACAAUAAUGUUUUUAGAAUUAUUAUUUUUAGGGGGUGCUGCAGCACUCUCAGCACCCCUACUUCCUGCGUCUAUGAUCAGGUGUGUGUGUGGUCUCAAUUAAAAUAGUAGUCUAUAGCCUAUGCAUGGACGGAGAAGCAGAGGGCAGUUAUCGUUCCAAGGAAAUUAACUUCCUAAAUAUGAUUAGGCUAUAGUUUACAUUGCCUAGAAAUACAUAUUGAUCACCUUAUAUUUUUAUCUCUGUCUGAAAAUCGUCCCACUCCUAAAAUGUAGGCUAUAAAACGUAUCUCAAGAGAAAGUGCAAGUGUCUGCUCUCUCUGCAACGCUGCUCUCUUCAAACUAUGUCUAGCCUGUUGGCUGAUAUAGCCCAGUAACACCGAUAGCCUAAUAUAAUGGGCCACGUUAGAAUCUCUGGUAAUUUAACCUAUUUCUUGGGUUAUUUUUUGCGCAUUUUGAUAUUGCCUAUAGGGCACACAAUUGCUGGGACCAUGGCUGGCAAGUGAGCUGCGACACAUACGCCUAAAUUAACAUUGCGGGACUGCAGUUUGGUUCGGGACAAGUUCUUGCGGUUGCAGGUGGGAGUCGGACAGAAAGCCAGCGGGAGGGAGCGGGUGCGGUAUCAAAAGCUGUGGGUGCAGGCAGAAUGAAGAAAUCAGUCCCGCACAGAGUUUGGAACGCUCUUUCUUAUUGUCUAUUAACUAAUUUACUGCAGGCAGGCCAAAACUCCAUCCCACCAAAACAGGCUGAAAUUUCAGGCGGUCUUUUUAAACAGCUCUUACACUAAAAGGGCAUAAUCAUCAUUUUCACAAUUUCACACUAUUAUUCCAACCUCGAAAUAUAUCUAAAACACAGGAAAUCACAUUUUUGAGUGCACUGCAUAGUUUUCUUACUUUGAAACUACCAACACACAACUCUCCCUGACUCAUCUCAUUCCAUAAACCGACUGCAGUCCUUCUGCCUCCCUACUCCACCUCAUUGACCCUUCCACUUGUCGCCAUGGAAGCCAGAGGAAAGUACGAGUUUAAUGCUACGGCUGAGGAUGAGCUGAGCUUCCGAAAGGGAGACAUCCUGAAGAUUCUAGGUAGUCAAGAUGAGUGGUUUAAGGCAGAGCUGCAUGGACUGGAAGGCUUUGUGCCCCAAAACUACAUUGAGAGACAAACUCCAAGCUGGUUCAAGGAGACGGCCAGCCGCAGCUCUGCUGAGGAGCUCCUGAUGUCGAGGGAGGUGGGGGGAUUCCUGAUCCGUGGCAGUCAGAGCUCCCCUGGAGAAUUCUCCAUCUCUGUCAGACAUGAGUUUGACGUGCAGCAUUUCAAAGUGAUGAAGGACAGCAAAGGCCACUACUUCCUGUGGUCGGAGAAGUUCACUUCCCUCAACAAGCUGGUGGACUACUACAAGAACACCUCCAUCUCCAAGCAACGGGACAUCUACCUUAGAGACGGUAGCCGGGAUGACCAGAGCCCAUCCACACCCCAACCGUUGAAGAGGGGGAGUCUACCUGAAGAGAGGAGCUAUGGGGCCACUACUGCAGCCACAACACACCGCAGGGCCUCAGACCUUCCUCACAGUCAGCAGAAUAAGAGACCUGUGAUGGAGGAGAGGGCUCACACCAUAGGCACCCCUGGUAGAAACACCCCCCUCACCUCUUUCCCAGCUCCCCAACGGACAUCUGAAACCAUGCCUCAUCCACAGGUACAGUAGGCCUACUGUAGUCAGUAAAUGGGAGAUCAUCCUUGAUGUCCUCUGAAAUGACUGGUUCCUAUUACCUAACACAGGUUUGUUUCUGUGUGUGUGUGUGUGUGUGUGU